AACAACCCUAGAGCCUCCGCCUCUUUCGCGGGACCUGCCAGGCGUCCCAACGCCCAGAGGCCCAGGGGUUGCCACUAGACAGCGGUUCCCAGGAGGCCGAGCGCCGCGACUCCGGUGCACCAGAAGGAGCACAAGCACAGCGAGCGGUUACGGUCGGGAUUGCGCUCUAAGAUAGUUCGUCCUCUUGGGGUAGCCGUAGGCGUCAGGGGACCUGCUCCGGCCGAAUCCACGUGACUCUAGGGGCUCUUGGCUAGGGCUAUGGCGGCUUCCAGGCCGCUGUCUCGCUUCUGGGAGUGGGGGAAGAACAUCGUGUGUGUGGGUAGGAACUACGCGGACCACGCCAGGGAGAUGCAGAGCGCGGUGCCCAGCGAGCCCGUGCUCUUCCUGAAGCCGUCCACCGCCUAUGCCCCCGAGGGCUCGCCUAUCCUCAUGCCCGCUUAUAGCCAGAAUGUGCACCACGAGCUCGAGCUGGGCGUGGUGAUGGGCAAGAGCUGCUGCGCCGUUCCGGAGGCCGGGGCCAUGGACUACGUGGCCGGUUAUGCCCUGUGUCUGGAUAUGACCGCAAGGGACGUGCAGGACGAGUGUAAGAAGAAGGGGCUGCCCUGGACUCUGGCAAAGAGCUUCACAACCUCCUGCCCUGUCAGCGCUUUCGUACCCAAAGAGAAGGUCCCCGACCCUCACAACCUGAAGCUUUGGCUCAAGGUCAAUGGCGAGCUCCGGCAGGAAGGUGAGACAUCCGCCAUGAUCUUUACCAUCCCCUACAUCAUCAGCUACGUUUCUAGGAUAAUGGCCUUGGAAGAAGGAGAUAUUAUCCUGACAGGGACGCCGAAAGGAGUUGGCCCUGUUAAAAUAAACGAUGAGAUCCAAGCUGGCAUAGACGGGGUCGUCAGUAUGAGAUUUAAGGUGGAAAGGCCAGAAUAUUGAGUCUAUACAAAACAUCCUAACUUCUUAAGUUUCAGAAGAGAAGGGAGCCGGACAGAAAGGAGCCAAGGUUAUUAAAAGUGACAAUCCUUUAAUAAGAAACCAAUUUUUAAAGAUGACUUGAUUGGAUUGCUGUGCCUCAACUCAGGAAAGAUGGAAACUCCAAGAAAAACAUGACCUAGAAGAGCUGGGUUAGAAAUGGAAAGGAGAAAAGAGUGCCUGUCUGUCUUCUAGGAAACAAACAAUAAAAUGUGAUGUCUCCAACGAGGAGAAUUUAUCAAACCAAA